CCCAGCUAGCAGCCUGUCUGCCCUAUAACACUGAAGGUGGGCAUCGUGGCAGACUGAUGCUUAUCCAGUUCUGAGGUGGGAGCCACUGUCACACAUAGGCAGACCGUAGCUAUGUGGCUAAUUGCUGGGACUGCAAAAAGGCACUGCAAAGGAACCACUCAAAACAGCUUGUCAGUGCACUGUGUGCUCUACUUUCUGCUUCUGCACCUUCAUUUGUGCUCCAGUUGCCCAUCCAUUUGUGUGUGCAGUUCCACUGAAGCAGACUGUGGUGGGCAUGACUUGAUUACACUGCCUGCCCUUUCCCUGCUACCUUCAACUAUUCAGACCCUGCUCCUGCCCAACAACCACUUUACAUCAUUGCCUGCUUCAGCAUUCGUCAACCUCAGCUCACUGGUGAGGCUUGACCUAUCCAAUAACUACCUGGAUAACCUGCCAGCUCAUGUCUUUGCUGAGCUGGCCAACCUGACUGACCUAAGUCUGAGGAACAACAGCCUAACAGCACUGGACCGUGACCUCCUGCAGGGCCUGGGAAGCCUUCAGCGGUUAGAUGUGUCACUGAAUGGCCUGGGUACUGUGCCUCUUGGUCUAUUAGAACAUCAGCAUGGCCUGACCUGGCUCUCUCUGGCAGGGAACAGACUCCAGGCACUAAAUAGGGCUGCUUUUGAACCACUUGAGAACUUGCAACACCUUGAGCUUGGCUCCAAUCCAUGGGAAUGUGACUGCAAUUUGCGUGACUUCAAGAACUGGAUGGAGUGGCUCAUCUACCGAGGUGGCUAUGUAGAUGCUGUGGAGUGCACUCUUCCCAAAGAUCUCAGAGGGCGUGACAUCCGGACUGUUCCUGUAGAGAUGUUCAAUUACUGCCUCCAAUUGGAUAGUGAGAAUGGGGGUGGGGCCGGAGGAACAAAAGGUGGUUCUAUCCCAUGUGCACGUGCAACCACUGCUCCAUUGCCUGAGACUGCUGUUGUACAGAGUGAAUCAGAGCCAGUGGAUUGUGCAAGGCAGCGUUACCGGCCUGUAAGCGUGCGUCGUGCCAUUGGCACUGUGGUGAUUGCCGGUGUUGUAUGUGGUAUUGUGUGCAUCAUGAUGGUUGCAGCAGCUGCCUAUGGAUGCAUCUACGCUUCCCUUAUGGCCAAGUACCAGCGUGAGCUGAAGAAAAGGCAGCCAUUGAUGGGGGAUGCUGAGGCUGAAGCUGACUCUGAAGAAAAACAGAUUUCAUCAGUUGCGUAGAAAUAAUAUAGAUUCUAUAUACUCUAAUGUGACGACAAUGGUAUCUUUGCAUUCCUGCUUCCACACCUAGUUUUUAAAUGUGUGUGCACUGUUAAGUAUUAUUUGGGUGUUUUCACAUAUAGUUAUUUUUAAAUAAACCAUACGAUGUCCUCUUAGGGGUCCUAGAUUCUAGGUCUGGAAGGGAACUAGCUGCAAAAGACCUCAGUACUUUAAAAACAAGGGUACUCAAAAGUUGAAACUUGUUCAGAUCACAGCUUCUUUAGAACUCAGACCUCAUGGCUAAUAUAAUUAAAAAUGCUACUAAAAAUUAAAAAAUAUAUUCGAUGCAGUCAUUUAGAUGUUGAUGAAAAAUACCAGAUGUGUCUAGGGAUCAAAAAAUCAGUGAGAACUGACUCAUGAUUCAUGUAAUUUUUACUAAAUCUUUGGCAUAGAUCAAAUCAGUGAAUUCAGUUGGUCUAAUGCAACAUCUGUAUUUGCAUUUUUAUUUUUUUGGUGCUCAAAAUAUUCAUGUGGUUUGGUCUGACCCAGACUUAUUUGUUAUGUUACUCAUACAAUCAUGCCAUAGCAACACUGAAGAAACAGGAAAAAUGAAGAAGGUAUGCAG